CUCAGCACACGCACUCGAUUUUAAUCCUAUCACGAAAUAGCAGGUACGCACACACAAGAGAAAUUAGGUAUUGUGCAAACUCAUGUGGAGAUCAUCUAUCACACAUUUCACCUGAACGAUCUUUAGGAAAAUAUCAUAUUUUAAUCAGUGUCUGAUUAACUCUGCGCCGUUUCGGAAUACAUGUAUUUUUCGCUCGUGUAGUUAAUGCAGAUCACACGUAAACGCAACUAUACUUGACAAGCAGACGACCGGUGCGAUAUAAAUUUUGAGAGAGCUGUCCGAGAGCGGCGUGUCGUUGCCUUGGAGAUCUACGCGUUGGUAUUGCUGAACAAGAGAUCGUGCUCGCUCUUCGGCAGAUAGAUUCAGACGUUGAGAAUGGAAGGGCGUGGUCCCUAUCGGAUCAGCUUCUCUGGAAACUCGUUCCUGGGGGUAUACGACCUGGGGUGCGCAGUGUGUCUUCUCGACCACGGGAAGAGAUUAAUACAGAAUGUGGAGUCUUACGGGGGCAUCUCCUCCGGGGUGCUCACGGCAGCGCUCAUGAUGUCUGCUCCGGAAUGCCUGCUGCAAUAUUUAGAUGCCAUCCUCGCACUGUCUACAAAGAUACACAGCCUUCCACAGGGAGCUUUGACCCCUAGAUUCGACCUCACACAGGAAAUACGUCAUGUCCUUGAAGGUCUUCUUAAGAAUAAUUGCCACGACACGUGUUCGAAUCGGCUCCACGUACCACUGCAACAACUUGUGACGACGGAAAACAUCCCAGUGCACAUGCGCAGAAGAUCACAAACUUUGGAGGAAGAGUUACAGCCUCUCAAGCCCCCCACGAAGUCGGACAUCGUGACGGUCGACGGGAAGGCGUAUCUUUUUGGUGAUAAGCAAGUUGUGACGGCGUAUUCGACAAAGCAGUCCCUCAUUGAGGUUUUACUCGCUGCAGUUUACUAUCCAUCCAGCCCCACGGCGAGUGCCCCGACCGUAAUGGGAAAGCACUACGUCGAUGUGAGCGCGCUCUCCGGAACGCCCAAAGACGCCACCGACUGCGGAUUCCCACCAUCCGGUCACGUGAUCACCAUCGCGCCCGAUAAGUACGCGGGACUGAGCAGACCGCGCGACAACCUCACCCUGGGUCUUCGUGACGUCGGCAGAGAUAAUUACGUCAUCAAACCGUGGCACAUGUUUCGUAUGGGCGAGGGGCUGUACCCCCCGCGGAGGGAGGAACUGGAAAAGACAUUUCUGGAUGGGGUUUCGGACGCUAGGGAGUUCCUUAAAAAGUUCCAACUGUACGACGAAGGAUAUGAUAGCCAUCCUUAUGGGGCGCCUAUGUAUUGAUGUUUUGAUGGCUUAUAAUUC